AUAUAGGUAAUUUAUUUCUGCUAUAUAGUAAAUAAUUAUUUUUUUAUGUCGGAGACUACCAGGAAUUUCCUAGAUUUUGAGCCCUCAAAAAUAGAAAAAUACGUUUGUCACAGUUAGAAGUUUAAAAGUUAAAAAAUAUCCAUGCCAGGAAAAGUUAAAGUGAAAAUAUCAUCUGGUAAAAAUUUACCAGUAAUGGACAGAUCUAGUGAUACUACAGAUGCUUAUGUGGAGAUUAAAUUAGGUAGUACAACAUAUAAGACAGAUGUAUGUCGGAAAUCGUUACACCCCCAGUGGAAUACAGACUGGUAUAGGUUCGAGGUCGACGAUUCAGAAUUACAAGACGAGCCUUUGCAAAUCCGGUUAAUGGAUCACGACACCUAUUCAGCUAAUGAUGCUAUAGGUAAAGUAUAUCUUAAUUUAAAUCCUUUAUUGUUGCCCGUUGAUGGUCAGUUGGUCAAAUAUGGAUUUAAUGGUGACAGUACCACACAUCAUGAAAUUUCUGGAUGGAUACCGGUAUACGACACAAUGCAUGGAAUAAGGGGUGAAGUUAAUGUAACAGUGAAAGUAGAACUGUUUUCUGAUUUUAAUAGAUUUAGACAAUCUUCCUGUGGUGUCCAAUUUUUUUAUUCACCUACAGUUCCUCAAGGUUAUUAUGCCAAAGUAAUUCAUGGGUUUGUAGAAGAAUUGUUAGUUAAUGAUGAUCCAGAAUACCAGUGGAUUGAUAAAAUUCGAACUCCUAGGGCUUCCAAUGAGGCACGGCAGACAUUGUUUUUUAAACUUUCGGGUGAACUUCAGCGCAAGAUUGGAGUAAAAGCUUUAAAUUUAGGAGGAAAUGCAGUUAUUGGGUACAGACAGAAUUAUGAUUUGGAGGGUGAAUCUGGCAUUGUUGCAAGGGGUAUCGGGACAGCAGUUACAUUGGUAAAGUCGAUCAAUGUUGCCCUCCCACCCAGUGCCAUGGAUGACAUGAAAGAAGAGCGUGUUCAAAAUUACUUAAAAUUCCUGGGUGGCGACAAAAGCUUUCGCUUGAGCGCUACACGAAAUUUGUUAAUUCCUGUUCCUCUUACUUUUCGUCCUUAUCCUGUAUUACCAGAUCCAAACUAUUCAAGGUACAAGCAACUCUCCAAAAGAUUAUAUACUUCUUUGGAUUUGGGAAAUUUAGAAACAGCUUACUCAAACCCAGGUUUAAAUGAGGAGAUUCCACAUAUAUCUGUAAAGACUUUAUUAAAACAAGAAGAUGAGCGUGGCAUACCAAGUGGUGGAUUAUCUCACAGAUUAAAGAAUUUAAAAUAUUCACAAAACUCACUAUCAAAAAGAAUGACUGUUUUGAAAUCAAAAAUGGGUGAUAGUAUCGGUGAGGAACUGGACGAGGACGUGUCUGUUGACAAUAGAAAGAAGGAUUUCAAGAAACCUAGCAGCGAAUCGAGUAUUAUGGCUGAAUUACUAGCUAGAUCUGUUAUUCGAGCUCACAACAGUUUAAGUUGUAUUUUGGAAGUCCAAAAUCCUACACGCAAUGAAGAUGACAAUAAUGACGGUGGUACUUUGGAGAUGUUGGAACCAAUAGCAAACUUACUAAGUAAAACAGCCUCAGAACCUGCAAUUUCCUCAGAUGAUAAUGGCAGCGAAAGAUGUUUAUCUAGUUGUGAUUCUAGCAGUUCUGGUUCAGAUUAUGAUUAUGAUGAUGAAGCUCUGGAAUACACAAACUCAAAUAUUGAUCUUGAGACGAUUAGUAAUAUUGUUAAAGAUGUAGAAAUGAUACAGAAGAAAAAAGUACCACUACAGAAACAAGUAUCUAUGCCAGCUCUAGGACCUAACAGAAUUGAUUCAGUAGAUACAUUAUCCAAUAAUGUAUUCAACUUUUCCGAGGUCACAAAUAAAAAUUUUACUCUUCCUUAUGUUUGUUCGGAGGUUGAUUUACUCUCUGAAAAUGAUUGUAAUGAAAAUUCUACAAACAUGCAAGAUAUUUUUUUUGAACAAGAAAAAACGUAUUCUGCAGGAGGGAUGAAUAUAGUACCAGAGGAAGUUAGUGGUAUUUCUGAAGCUAUUAGAAGUGUUGAGAUAAAAGACACGGGUUUAGUCAAAACUGCUAUUCAAACAUUGCUUUUAGAGAAAGUAAGUCUUAUAGGGUCAUGUACCCCAGCUACGUCUCCCAUCUUUAAAAGUGAUACGGACUAUGUACAAAUUUAUGACAAACCACAUGAGGGAACUGCAAAACUAAUAAAUAAACCAAAAUCAAAAAUUCCAAAAUCGGCCAGUUCGCUCUCAUUCUCUGAUUAUGUAAAGAACAAUAAUGACACAGUUUUAGGAGCACCAUUUGCGUCAGCACUUGCACUUAACUCUGAACAUUUUAAAAGACAGAAAUCUCAGCCGUGUGUUUUUGAUAAUGUCAAAUUACGGUCUGCCUCUUUUAAAUCUUUGGGGAUAGAAACAUCUAAAUUGGAACGACAGAACUGUUUUUCAGAUACACAACUACAUAAACCUCUAAUAAAAAUAAUGUUAAAUGAAUCCUUGAAAAAGAAGCACAAUAACGAGGAACAUAAAUUUAAGUUAUUUCAGUUGAAAGAGAAAAAGGGAAGCCAUGAGUCAUCAUUAAGCGAGCGUAAAAAGCUCUUCGGUUUUUUGCACUGCAUUCGAAAAUCCAGUCAAGGUGAAUCGAAAGAACAUAAAAAUAUAAUUUCUAGAAUAUUUCAUAGCAAAAGUGAAAAGGAUGGAUUGACACUGAGAAAAUGUAAUAUAGAAGAAACAUCUGAAUCGAAAAAUUCUUGCCUUGAUGAAUCAUCCUGGACUACUACCCCAUCCUCAAAUGUACUAACUAAUACUAAUAGAACCCCUCGUAAUUUUCCCAAUGAUUUGCCUGACAAUAUGAAAAUUGAUGAAGGCUCUAAUUGUAGCAAAAUUAAGCAUGCAUGCAUAACCCCCAAUAGGCAUAACACUUCAGCACAAGCAGAUCAAAAUGCCGCUCAGAUUGGACAAAGUCCUGAACAUCAUAAAGCAGACCAAUCACCAGCUAGACCAAGUGGGGUGCCCUGUAUACAUAGAAGAUCGUCGGAUUCAGACCUGAGUAUUACACCUAAAGGGAACAGCCUAACUGGAAGUGACAGAUCGGGAGGAAUUCCAAGUGGAUACUUCAUGCGGAAUAAUGUUGUGUUGAGAUCUCAAGUUCAUCAGGAAAAUUUUGACAUGUUAGAAUAUCCCUUUCUGACAAUGACCAAGUUUCCACCUGGAUUUGUUGCUCAAAUAGGUGGUGCAGUAAGUGCCAGGUCCGUUAAAAGAUUGGAAAUUAUUUCAAAUGUUGAUGAACCAGAAUCUAGAGACACCUGGUGGUCAGAGUUAAGAAUGGAAAUACGUUCCCAUGCUCGUAGUUUGAACUGUAAUGCUGUUCUCGGAUAUUCAGAAUCAUCAAGUCUGUGUGAUGAUAUUUGCGUUUUGAGUGCAUGUGGUACAGCAGCUAUAAUAGAUUUUCAAUGUUCUGAAGAUAUUGACGAAUCCAGGCAAAAUAUAGUUAAAGAUUCUAUGAAUGUUUCAGUUGAAAGAGAUAGAAUUAAUAUGAGUAGUUGUAAUAAGGUUUUUGAAAGUCCAGAGCACACAAUGAACAAUCAGAUAAAUAGCAAUUGUACUAUUACUCAUCUUCCAUAUGAUAGCAAUAAUGUUCCAAUAAAAACAACAGCUACAAAAUGUGCAAUAUGUCAUAAAGGAAAAGUUCCAGAAGUUCUUAUAGCAACAAUAGAACCACCAGAGGCUAUUCCAUGUACUGGUAAGGGAUGCUUUAUCGAUUCUUAUAUAUGUCGGCCUUUAAAAGAUAUACGAGGCGAAUCAAUAGCCAAGGAAAUAUCUGAUGGAUUGCCUUUCUUAGAAUACGAGCUGCAUAGGUUACUUAUAAAUAAAUUGAAAAUAAAAGGUAUGAAUGCAAUCUUUGGUUUAAAGUUCCGUAUGUCUAUUGGGGAACGAAUAAUAAUGGGAAUAGCUACAGGUACAGCAGUAUAUUUGAAUCCAUUGCCGAGCCCAAUAUUACCAAAGCUGGUGUCCGACAAAGUCUCAGGUGACAAAAAAUUAGCUAAUAUUCAGAAACGUUUGAAUGACACUGUGAAGAAGAAUAAGGAAAUUUAUCAAAUUAAGGAUGAAGCCCAAAAUGGCCACGUUUUAUCUGAGGAUGAAUCUGAAGAUGAAUCGACGUCAGUAGAUUUGUCAGUAGGCAAUAAAGAUUGUUGUAUUUUAGAAGUUGAUGAUCCAGAAGAUGAGGAAGUUCUGAGAUUAUUAAUGGAAGAACGUCCACCGGAUGGUUUUCAUGUUGUAAAUACUGAAAUUGUGCCGGGUUUAGACGAUUUAGAAAUCAUAAAAAAUCUACAAAUGUUUACUCAAAUCUACAGAGUCAAAUUUCAUCAGCCUUACAAUAUUAGCAAUCAUUUUCACAGAUUAUUGCAAACUGUUUAUUUCAAAUUAAGGAGGAUGGUGCCAUGUGCCUUAUGCGAUCUCCAGUUUCGUAUCGAUUUGCCUGAACCAGAUGAAGUUCAACUUUGUGUUUUUGGUAUGGCACUUGGUUUGGGCAAGACACAAAAGAAAGCAAAGGUUAUUGUAGCAACCAAACGGAAUGGUAACUUUUUUAGUUAUGUUUUCUAUUUAGGAUACAGCAAAUUGAACAAUGAAGAUUUAAUAUUUAAGUUAGAUGAAGACCAAAUUCCUGAAAAUAGUAUAAUAUCAACCAAUCAAAAUAGGAUUUUGAAAUAUAAACAGAAGUCACCGUCUAAGUACAGACCACAAUCAGUAAAACAGAGACAUAUAGCACAUAGGGAGAGACAUGGUGUUGACAUAACACCUUUAUCCUAUGUACCUGGUGGAGUAAUUGAAAGAUAUUUGGGCAACUUAAAUUUCUUUUUUAUUAGAGAAACCACAUCAAUUCGAGAAGAAGGAGGUCUUAGUGGAUUUAUUCACAGUUUUGUAACCGAAGUUUUAGCAAUUGUUCGUGCCCACGUAACUGCACUAGGUGGAAAUGCUAUGAUUGCCUUCUUUUUGACUGAAAUCGUGCUAUUACAUAAUCUACAUAAAAACCAAGGUCAAUGCCUUGUCAACGUGGGAGGAGAUGUGGUACUAGUUUCGUACUUUAAAGAAGAUACAUAGACCUGCAAAAUCAUCUAGUACCUAUCUAAUUUUUUGUUAUGCGACUUCAUAAGUACGGAGCCGAUCCUUUUACUGCAGGAGAAAAGUUAGAUUGUCACUGUUGAAAUUAUGUAUAUAUAUUAUUUUUUCUGUUUUUCCUUAGUCACAAAACACUGCUAUUUUUAAAUAUCGUAUUAUUGUAUUAGAACCAUCCCUGUAUUUGUUAUGAUAGUUGCAAUCCCCGAAUCCUGAUAUGUUUGUAUUUAAUAGACAAGUACCUAUGUAGUUUAAUAGAGCAAUGUUAUUAUCUC